AUGACGGCGGAAUCGGGUAGUUCGAACUUCGAUCUUCCCGAGGAUGUCGUGCAAGUGCUACCGUCAGAUCCAUUUGAGCAACUCGAUGUGGCGCGCAAGAUCACAUCCAUUGCUUUAUCGACACGUGUCAACGCAUUGGAAUUCGAGUUGUCGGAACUUCGCGUCAAGAUCGCCGAGAAGGAUAGUCUCAUCGCCGAACUUCAGUCUCAGGUUGAGUCCCUCGACGCCUCCCUUUCUGAAACCGCGGAUAAACUCGUCCGAGCCGAACAAGAUAAGGAGAAUUUGCUUAAGGAGAAUGAUUCGCUUUCAAACACUGUCAGAAAGCUUAAUCGAGAUGUCUCCAAGUUAGAGGUUUUUAGAAAGACGCUUAUGCAAUCACUUCAAGAGGAUGAUGAUAAUUCGGGAGGAGCUCCAGACAUUGUUGCUAGAAUACAGAGUCAGUCGGGUUUGACUUUUACGUCUCAGUUUGGAGAUAAUGACUCUUCAUUGCCACCGUCUAUAUCUUCUUCGAUGCCUCGUAUUUCUAAUAGUGGAAAUUCUUUAGCUGAGGAUCAAGAUUCUGAUGUCAUAAGACCUAGAGUGCCCUAUAAUCUCCUCAUGGCUUCCCAAAGUUCCACCCCCCGGAUUACACCCACUGGCUCCCCUCCUAGUUUUUCUGCAUCAGUAUCUCCAACAAGAACAUCUAGACCCAUGUCUCCAAGGCGACAUUCCAUUUCCUUUUCAUCAAGAGGCAUCCAUGAUGAUAGGUCUGCAGCAUUUUCCUCCAUAGGCCACAGUUCAAUAUCAAGCUCUGAUACAGUAACAGGAUCACAAGCGGGACGAGCACGGGUGGAUGGGAAGGAGUUCUUUCGCCAAGUCAGGAACCGUCUUUCAUAUGAGCAGUUUGGUGCAUUCUUGGCAAAUGUUAAGGAGCUAAAUUCCCAUAAACAAACAAGAGAGGUGACUUUACAGAAAGCUGAUGAAAUUUUUGGGCCUGAAAACAAGGAUCUAUUCACUACAUUUGAGGGAUUGAUCACACGCAAUGUCCAUUGA